AUGCAAGGAGAUAUAAAAGAGAUGCAGGCUGCUUUAAUGACUGCUAUAGUACAGCUAACAAGCAAACAUUGGCAGGAGUACAAGGACCCCCCUUGGAUGCCUUCUCCACCGUCUCCUCCGUGUGCUGAAGGGAAAGGAGCCGCCAUGCAGCCAGCUCAGGCGGGGGUGUCCUUCGAAGAGGUGGCCGUGCGUUUCACCCCGGGGGAGUGGGCCCUGCUGCGCCCAGCCCAGAGAGCUCUCUACAAGGAAGUCAUGCUGGAGAAUUAUGGGAACGUGGCCUCUCUGGCAGGGCCUCUGAUCUCCAAACCUGACCUCAUAUCCUGGCUGGAAGAAGAGGAAGGGCUGUUUUUCCUGGGCUGUGAUGACGCAGGAUGGGCAGAGGAACUUAAGGAGAUGUUUGAGUUUUUGGAGAUGCAGGGGGAUCGCCUGCUUCGACAUCAGGAGCCGUGUGGAAGUCAGCGAAAGAAGCUGAAGAGCACCGAUGGAUGGGAAAAGAGGAUGCAUAUUCCAAUGUGA